AUGACCCUCGGCUUCUUCUGCUGGGGCAUCCUCGGCGGCGCGCUCGGGCCCAUCCAAACUGUCUUCCCCCUCUUCGUCGUCCUCUACGGCACCUUCAAUUCCUUCGGAGAAAUGGGCCCUGGGGUAGCCACUUUCCUCACGGCCUCGGAAUCUUUCCCGACGCCUCUGCGCGGCCAUUUUCUGGGCUUCGCUGCUGCGGUGGGGAAAGCGGGUGCGGCGACUGGAACGCAGGUGUUUACUCCCAUUCAAAAUAACUUGGGCAGUGGACAGAAGGGACAGCAGGGUGUUUUCUUAAUCGGGAGUGCGUUCGCUAUUGUGGGAGGCAUCAUUGCAUGGGUGUUCAUUCCUGAUAUUGAAAGGGAUUUAGAAGGGGAGGAUGUGAGGUUCAGGCGGUAUUUGGAAGAGAAUGGCUUUGACACGAGUGGGAUGGGUGGGGAGUCUCUGACUGAGCAGGUGAAGAAUACGACGUUCAAGCUGGACGACUGA